AGAUAGACCCUGAAACAAUCAGAGCAGAAAGGUCAUGUAAUCACCAUAGGUGGGCUGAAAAUGGAGUGAAGUCUCUCUGGUAGCCAAAAGGGAACAGGUGGCAGAAAAUGGGCAACUGCUGCAAAGGCCAAUCUGAAAAUAACCUCGUGAACAGAGAAGGUUUCCUGAAAGAAAAAGCGAAGAACCCUGGGGUUAUCGCCAAAAGUGAUGGCGUAUCUCAGGAAGAGGCUGUGGAGGGGUACAAGAGGAAUGCAAUGUCUGGGAAUGGUUCAGUAAGAACAUCAGUAAAAAGUUACAGCGCCGUCCUUAGGAAUGAGGUCCAUCCCGUGCCCGUAAAGACUACUAUGCCUCCGGUUCAUCCCGGGGAGGAGGACCCAGAUGGUCAUUGGGAUUCUGUCAAACAAGAUAACCGCCUACAAGAGUUAACAUUAGGCCUGCCUUCUACUUCCUCUUCUGACUGUCAAGCCAAAAGGGCUGAAAUACAAGAGUGUAACCGAUUUGGGGAUGACUCCCACGUGAACUGUUCACAGCCGAAAGAGGGAAAUGCUGUAGGGAGCUGUGAACAGAUUGCUGAACCAAAUGAUGAAAACCGGCCUAGACUGGCGAGAACCAUGGACAGAACUACCCCAGCAAUGCUGUCAACAUCUCAGGACAAAGCCACUGUUCGAAUAGGCUCAGAAGAACACAAGGUUCCUGUCACCUCCAUAAUGCCAGAAGAGGACCACAGUGAAGAAGACCUGUAUAGAGGAGAGGAAGAAAUUGAGAAGGAACGACAUGCAAAAGACAGCACGUGUCCUGGGAGUCAGUCAGCAUUGGCUUCAGAGGACCAGUGCAGUGUGGAAGAGCCAGUUGACCUCCUGACCUAUAGUCAAAGAGAGUGGAGGGGAAACACCAGCAAAAGUGUCCUUAUCAGAAAGGGUUAUGAGAAGAUAUCCCACGAGUUUGACGGCCUGCGCAGGGUGAGGGGGGAUAACUACUGCGCACUAAGGGCUACCCUCUUUCAGCUCUUCACUAAGUCCAAUCAACUUCCAGCCUGGUUAGAAAACCAUGAUAUCAGCCUGUGGCCAACAGAGAUUCCAUCUGAGAAGGAUCUGGUAGAUCAGUGGAAGUUUCCCUUUGAGAACUGGAGCAGCACCGGGGGAGCUGUGGAACAACUGGGCCACUAUCUAAAGCUCCUGAAGAAACGGUGGCAGGAGGCGGUGGAGGCCCGCGGGCCGGAGGAGAGGGAGGCUCUGUGCCAGGAGGUGUUCCAGGGUAGGGAGGAGGAGUACGGGCUCCUGGAGGCCCUCAAGUUCCUCAUGCUGCGGACGGCCGCACAGCUGCACGGCGCCAGCGAGCGCGGGGACGCCGUGCCCGAGUUCUGUUGCCUGCUGUUCGCCCGCGACUCCUCCCGCUGCCCCAGAAGCCUUCUGACCAACCACCUGCAGCAUGUGGGCUUCAGCGGAGGGCUAGAGCAGGUGGAGAUGUUUCUCCUUGGCUACUCCCUACAGCAGACCAUUCAGGUCUACCGGCUCUACAAGGCCGACACGGAAGAGUUCGCCACCUACUACCCUGAUGACCACAAAGAGGACUGGCCUCACCUUUGUCUGCUGACGGAGGACGACAGGCACUACAAUGUUCCAGUCCCCAGAACGCAGAAAGCAUCUAAGCCCAACUCCUCAGGCAAGCCCUUGUGGCUUCCGCCCUCAGGAAGUACACCUAUGCAUGGACCCCCUAACCAGACAGGGAGGACCUACGUCUAAUUUAUUACAGCAUAUUUGCCCCUACUCUGACAAUCAAGAGUGUGGAAUUCAAUUAUCCAAUGCAAAUGCUCUUUUUAGGAUAGGUGUGUGUAUGUAAGAUGUAAUGUUUUGUUUUUGUUUUUUAAUUAUGUGGUUGUAUAAAUUGAUUAUUAGCAUUCAGGCGGUGAUUGUUUAAUCAUAUGUUUUGUGCUGUAGUUUUAAGGUUUUCUCCCCUCUGUUGUUCCAAAACAGAUUAUUUUUUAUCCUUUUAUUAUCUUCUUUUUUUUUUAUCUGUUUUUAAAUUUCUUAUUGAGUAGGCUGUAUUGAUAGAGACAUUGCUGACAUGAAACUGAACUUCUUUGAAUGAAUGAGUCAUAAGAAUAAAUCAAUUUGUUUACCUCUUA